AAAUUCCAGACAAGAGCAACCGAUCCAGAGCUAGCUGCACCUCUGUGAACUUGAGCUCGGAGCUGGUCUGUUGAAAUAGCUAGAGCUUAAUCUCUCUUUCACCAUGGCAACGUCUGUGAAGCUCAAUACCGGGGCAGAUAUGCCCAUCGUCGGACUGGGCACAUGGAAGUCUCCUCCAGGUAAAGUGGCGGAGGCCGUGAAGGCAGCCAUCGCUGCGGGGUACAGACACAUCGAUGGUGCCGCCGUGUACAACAAUGAAAUGGAGGUCGGAGAGGGAAUUCAGGCCAAGAUAAAAGAUGGUGUGGUUAAAAGAGAAGAACUUUUUGUGGUCAGCAAGCUCUGGUGCACCUUUCACGAGAAGGCCUUAGUGAAAGGAGCUUGCCAGAAGACUUUAAGUGACCUGAAGCUGGACUACCUGGAUCUUUACCUGAUUCACUGGCCAAUGGGCUUUAAGUCAGGGCCAGACCAGUUCCCACUGGACAGUGAAGGGUUAACCAUUGGUGAUGACACCAAUUUCUUGGACACCUGGGAGGCUAUGGAGGAGUUAGUGGAUGCUGGGCUGGUUAAGGCCAUUGGCAUCUCCAACUUUAACCGAGAACAAAUUGAAGCCAUCCUGAAUAAACCGGGGCUCAAGUACAAACCUGCCAACAAUCAGAUCGAGUGCCACCCCUAUCUGACUCAGGAGAAGCUGAUUAACUACUGUCAGUCCAAAGGCAUCACAGUCACUGCAUACAGUCCUCUGGGUUCUCCAGACAGACCUUGGGCUAAACCUGAAGAUCCCUCACUGCUUGAUGACCCAAAAAUCAAGGCCAUUGCAGAGAAGCACAAAAAGACUUCUGCCCAGGUUCUCAUCCGCUUCCACAUUCAGAGGAAUGUGAUCGUCAUCCCCAAGUCCAUCACACCUCAGCGUAUUCAAGAGAACUUUCAAGUCUUUGAUUUUGAGUUGAGUCAGGAGGACAUGAAGACCAUUUUGAGCUUCAACAAGAAUUUCAGGGCUUGUCCAAUGCAUUGGGGUGUGAAGCACAAAGACUACCCAUUUCAUGCUGAGUAUUAAAAGAAGACCUCUUGGAACAUGCUGUUUAAGAAAAACAUUAUUGAUUAAUGUGAAAUCUCUUCAUUUUGCUUUACGAACCUUCCAGUUACUGAGAAACUUCCUUACAGAGCUACUGUGAUAUGUGAUUUGCAGAUUUGGAAUUUAAAUUUUCUUUCUUUGCCCAUAAAGUUAUAUUUGUAUAAUGCUUUGACAAUUUUAAGCUGUUACUACUUUAGAACAAAUGUAAAAAGACUUGCAUUAAAUGUAUUAUGACAAAACAACACAAAUGAAUCAUAAGGAAGUCUGAGAAACUAGUUAAUUUUUUUUAUUUUUUUAUUUGAACAGUCUCACUCACUUUGCACAAUUGGGCAGAUUACAUGAGAAAGUAUUGGUACUUUGAAUAUAUAUAUUUUUUAUAUUAAUUAAUACAAACUCCUUAUUUUCAUAAAAUGACAACAGAAGCACUUCCAGUUCACAAGCGCAGCUCUUGUUUACUAUAUUGAUGUAUGCUUUUAAAAAUCCAAAUAAAGUUCUGCAUCAAACAGC